AGGAUAUAAAGUUUGUUAGAAGUAUUAAAAGAGCUGAAUCAGAAAUAUGAGUAAAUCUUAUCAAAAAAACUAUUCUUAUGGACAAAAAAUGAAAUUUAAAACAAAGAAUCCAAAUGCAAAGAAAAAACAUAAUAACAAUCAAUCUUUUGAAGAUAAUAGAGAAAAUUUAAUAGAAGGAUUUGCUUUAGAUAAAUCUUUAAAAAAUAAUCAGACAUUUGCCCAGGAAAUAUCAUUAAAUAAGCUAUCUACGUUACAAAGGUUUAUUGUGGAACCUUCAAAUAUUCCUGAGAGAAAUGAAUAUUGUGAUAGAAAGGAGCUAUUGGAUAGUCAUAUUGAUAAUAAUAUGGAACAAAUAAUCAAUAAAACUAAAACAUGUAAUAUAUCAAAUAAAAUGAAUGAAAUGAAGGAAGAUUAUGAUAGGGAGAAUGAGAAUGAAGUUUCUGUUGAUUUGAAAAAAACAUGGCUACAAGAGCGAGAAUUUUUUUUAUUAGAAAUUUCAAAAUUACAGGAUUCAUUAAAAGCUCAAGAGAGCCGGUUUUAUAGUGUUAUUGAAGAGAAUGAAAAGAAAUUGGAAACUGUUCUAGAUGAAAAGCAACAGCUUGAAUUGCAAUAUCGUGGUUUAUUGGGAAAAUUAUCUUCAAUAAAACAAGGUCUUGAAGAGAAAUUAAAGGCUGAUUCUGAAGAUUUGGCAUCUACAAAGAAAACGAUAGAAGAACUUAAAAAGAAAAAUUCUGCUCUUUUAGAGGAAAUUUCUUGCCUGAAAAAAGAACUUAUUGAUACCAAUAAUGAUUGUUAUAAAAAAUCAAAAGAAAUUGUUGAAUUGCAUGAUAAAAUUGAUCGGUCAGAGAAGAACUGGAUUAAUGAAAAAGAUAUUUUAUAUAAACAGCAGUCUAAUUAUAUUGAGAAUCUUGAGAAAUAUAAAAAAAUAUCAAAAGAUUGGAAGGAAAUAGCAUUAGAAGAAAGAAGCCAUAAGGAUGAUUUUAAAAAGAAAGUGGAUGAUUUUGAAGAAAGAAUUAAAGAAUAUGAAAAUUCAUUAAAACAGAGUCAAAGUUUAAAUAAUAACCUUAAAAAAGAAAAUGAAAAAAAUAAUCAAGUAAUUGAUGAAUACAAAAUGAAAAUUGAUAAGAUUAGUGAAGAUUAUAAAAGUGAUCUUAAUGAGGCUACAAAUGAAUUACAAGCGAAAAUAGAUACUCUUAAUGACAAAAAUAGCCAAUUAGAAGCUCAAAUAAAUAGUUUAGUCCUUGAAGAUGAGAAAGAUAAAAAGGAAAUUGAAAGACUUAAAGUAUUUGAAAAAGAGAUUAAAGAGAAAAAUUUACUUAUUGGUAAAUUAAGACAUGAAGCUGUUAUUUUAAAUGAACAUCUUGUGAAAACUUUAAACUUAUUAAGAAGAAACAAUUCAGAAGACAAUAUUGAUAAAAAACUUGUUACGAAUCUUAUUUUGUCUUUUAUUACUCUUCCAAGGGAUGAUGCAAAACGUUAUGAAAUUUUGCAAUUAAUGUCUGCAUUUCUUCAAUGGACAGAUGAGCAGAAGGAGCUUUCAGGACUGAUACGAUCAAGAAAAUCAUCAUUUAAAGAUGUUUUAUUCGGUUCUAAUGUUUCUUCGGAGCCAUUAUCGUAUAAUUCUUCAAAUUUUGAUUAUAAAUUUCAUAUAAAUCAGGCUUUAUCUGAUAAUAAAUCAAUGUCUGAUCUUUGGAUUAACUUUCUUCAAAAUGAAAUAUCUACUAAAGAUCCCAACUUAAACAAAUAAUUUAAAUGUUAUGAUAUACUGCUUUAUUUCUAAAAUACAU